AUGUUAAAUCAAGAACAAAUUCAUCGAUAUUUUAAUCAUUUAAGUGGAGCAAAACGUAUUGAAUUUUUAUAUGGUUUAUUACAUUUAUGUCAACCAUUAGAAUUACGUUAUUUGGGUACUUGUUUAGAAGAAAUAGCACGUAAAGAUUAUGAAUAUUUAUAUCAUGCUGAACAAAAAACAAAUCAUUUACCAACACAAACAGCAACAUUAAUAAAUAAUAAUGAAUCAACUAAUCAACAACAACAACAACAAUCUAAUAUUGAAUCAGAUGAAAAAUUAGAUUUAACUGAUCAAUUUACACGUGCACAUGCUAUUGUUGAUAUUGCUCUUCUUUGGGCAAAAAAUCGACCAUGUGCAUUACGUUUAUUUCGUAAUUUAAAAGCUAGUGAAAGUGUUAAGUUAGUUGAUAUGUUACUUGAACGUGAUGAUCUAGAUGAAAGAACAAUGGAUGAAAUAUUAAUUAUAUUUUGUUUAGCUGCUAAUCAUCCAGCAUUUAGUUUUGAUAUGCGUACACAAAUAUCUCAAACACUUAAAGAAUUAGAAAAACGACAACGUAAAAUGAAAUUAUUACAAACAGUACAUAAUAAUAAUACUAAUGAGGAUGAUACAAUUGAUACACUUGAUGAUACAAAUUGUUUACGUCAACAUAUGCCACCAUUAAAUUCAAGUACAUUAAGUGUACAUGCAUCACCUUUAUUAACACGUUUAGCUGUUGUUAAUUAUGAUACAGAAGCAACUCCAAUGAGAGUUUUAAUUAAAGCUGAUUGGUCUGAUAAUAAUUCUACAUUAACAUGGAAAACUCCGAAUGAUAUCCGUUCAUUUCAUUUACAAUUAUCAAAUAUUGUUUAUCAUGAUGAUGUACGAUUAGAACGUUUAAUGAAUAUUUCUGGUUAUUUACGUGAUAUUGGUUCUCCAACUGAACCUGAUAUUGAAUUAAUGAAAAAAAAUAUUGGAAUAUAUAUGGCACAUCUUGUCUAUUUUUCGUCAUAUAUUUCUACUAUAUCAACAUUAGCAAAAUUUUUCAAUUCAUCUCUUAAACUUGUUGAUUCCAAACAACGAUUAUUUAACUCAAGUAAUGGUUUUGAUGAAUCAUUAUCAUCAUCAUCAUCUUUUUCCAAUGGAAUGACUCCACUUCAAUGUGAAUUACCUGUACAACAGCCAACUGAAUCUGAGAAUAAAACACUUUGUUCACCUAAAUUAUCAUUAAGUAAUAAUAAAAGUAAACAACAGACUGAUGUAGCUAAACAAGCACGUUCAAUAAUUCCUACACAUAAUGGUACACAAACAGGAUUAGAAGUUCGUUGUGAAGAAACUCAAACUGAUCGAAUGCCUGGACCCGGUUUUAUACUUGCUGAACAUCAAGAUUAUCUUCGAAGAUAUUCAAUGGAUGAAUUAGCAAAAUUAACACCAGCAGAUCUUGUUGCUGAUGGACUUGAUGCAAGUACAGCACAAUUACUUUGUGAUGCUUUAGAUGAUUUAAAACCAAUGAGUGUCCAUUUAAAUAGCAAUAAUAAAAAUUCUCCAACAUCAUGUACUUUUGUUCAAAUGCCUACAACAACAUUAACAUCACUAUCACCACCACCACCACUACCUCUACCAGUAUCUUUACCACCUUUGCUAGAUGCAGCUUUAAUGACUGUUGUUCAACAACAACAGCAACCAUCACGUACGCUAUCACUUUCAAGUUCAGAUCGAAAUCAAUUUGAUUCUAUUUUUAUUAAUUUAGCCGGUGUUCAUCCAUCUCUAUCAUCAAGUCCUAGUCCAAAAUUGCCUAAACCCGGUGUACCCACUGGUGCACCAACAGGAGGAACAAAUAAUAUUCCUCCACCUCCGUUACCGUUACCACCACCUUCAACAUCAAAUUGUCCAUCACAAACUCAACAUCAUGUACCUUUAUUAACUGCACAUUCGUUUUUAUAUAAUCCAGCUGAACCAUAUAUAUUUCCAAUCGCUAUUCCGCCUGGUUUUCCAUCAACAACACCUGAUUUUAUGCGAUUAUUUACUCCAAAUAUGGCAGCCAUACCAUCUAAUCCAUCUAAUUCAACAGGUGCUAAUUUUGUACAAACAUCAAAUGUUUCACAAGGAUCUAUAUCUAAUUCACGUUCAACAACACAAUCCAAUGGUACUAAUACACCACCCGAACAAAAUGGACAAAAUCAUCGUCCAUCUCCACCACCACAAUCAACAUCUCGUCAACAACAUCAACAUCAACAACAACAACAGCAACAACAACAACAUCAUCAUCAACAGCAACAGUCACAUCAUCGUCAUAGACAAUAUUAUCCAUCUGAUCCGAUGCAAUUUCAACAACAACAGCAACAAAAUGGAUUCCAUCCGCAACAACAACGGCAACCUCAAACAUCUUAUUCUCAACAACAACAGCAACAGCAACAACAACAUAUAAAAACAAAAGCAUGUUAUACUUGUGGUGAUCUUGGACAUUUAGCAUUUGCUUGUCCUGAACAGUAUUCAUCUGAUUCAACUUAUUCGCAUAAUAAUAGAGAAGGCUAUAAACUUGAUUAUCGACCACGACAAGGUACACCAACAAAUCUUCAUCAACAACAAAGGCAAAUGCGUUCAAAUUCGAAUUCAAAAACAAAAGUUCGCGAUAAUAGUUAA